AUGGGUUUGUCACGUGACAGAACACUAAUUCCUUAUGUCCUAAUUGUUGGGAUGUGGGUCUGUCAAAUAACAUCACGAACUCUAAGUAAGGCAUACAUUUCAGAAAAACAUGAUCAAUGGAUGGCGGAAUAUGGUCGUGUAUACAAAAGUAAUGCAGAGAAGGAAAUACGCCUCAACAUAUUCAAGAAAAACUUCAAAUUAAUAGAAUCGUUCAACUCCUUUGGAAAUCAGUCUUACAAAUUGGCUGUCAACCAAUUUAUGGACCGAACAAAGGACGAAUACGAGGCCUAUGCAUAUGGGCUCAUGAAUCCACACGAUUUGGUAUUGCCUCUAUCAACAUCUUUUAAAUAUAAAAGAGUGCGUGAAGUGCCAUAUAGAUUGGAUUGGAGGAUGGAAGGAGCUGUAACAAAAGUCAAGAACCAAUUUGAAUGUGGUUGUUGUUGGGCUUUUACUGCAAUCGCGGCGGUGGAAGGAAUUACUCAAAUAACAACUGGCAAGUUGUUGUCACUAUCUGAGCAACAACUUGUGGAUUGUGACCGAAAUGUAAACCGAGGGUGUCAUGGAGGAUACUACGAUCUUGCCUUUGAUUAUAUCGCGAAAAAUGGGAUAAAUACCGAAAAUUAUUACCCUUACUAUGCAAUGGACGAAACAUGCAACACCACAAAAGAAGCGUUUCGCGCAACGACCAUCACUGGUUAUGAAAAGGUACCAACCAACAAUGAAACAGCACUGCUGAUGGCUGUGUCCAAACAGCCGGUAUCAGUUGCCAUAGACGUAAGUUGUUAUGAAUUCAGGUACUAUUCAAGAGGUGUUUUAACACAUCAUUGUGGAACAAAUUUAAGCCAUGGUGUUACAGUGGUUGGGUAUGGAGUACACUAUGGCAUAAAGUAUUGGCUAGUGAAGAACUCAUGGGGUCCUGCUUGGGGUCAUAAAGGAUAUAUAAAGAUGAAGCGGGAUGUGAAUUUCGCAGAAGGACUGUGUGGGAUUGCUAUGCGAGCCUCUUACCCGAUAGCUUAA